AUGGGCAUCAACGGCACAUCUGUGCAUGCGGUGCUGCUCGCCCAAGCCGACCUCACCUGGUUUGGGCUUGCCCUCAUUUUCGUGGAGCACCUCGUCGACCUCCUCGGCACUUACGCUGCGGACCGCGACCUCUACUUGGCCAGGGACGGCUCGAGCAAGGACGGCGUGGGCUCCUCGGGUGUCGCCAUCCAGCAUCCUGACACGGUUGCUGCCUGUGGUGAUGGACUGGAGGACCAAACCCCUUACAGGCUUCUUCUCCCGGGUCUUUGGUGCAAUGCUGCGAUUCGGGCGAUCCAGAGCAACAGCGGCUUCGACUACGCGCUCUUGCUCGACACUAUUCGUGGUUACCUCAAGAAGCUUCACGACGGCCAGCUCGAGGUCAUGUUCAUCUGGACGCCGUCGCGUGACAAAAAGCUUGGGUGGACCCCGCCGCUUGGGCUUUCGGCCGCUCGGCUCAGGGCCCUCAACGAGGCGGCGGACAAGGCGGCUGCAGCUUCCAUGGGACAGCGGUGUCUUUGCACUUUGUUUGGUGUGGGUGUAGCGGAGCACCUCGUGGAGCUCCUCGGCACCUUCGCAGACGAGCAGGACCUCUUCGUAGCCACGGACGGCUCCAGCAAGGAUGGCGUGGGCUCCUCGGGCAUUGCUGUUCAGCAUCCUGACUCGGUAGCUGCUUUCGGCGAUGGGCUGGAGGAUCAGAGCCCGUACAGGAUGGAGGUUCUCGCGCUUGCGUUGGCCCUCGAGGCGAUUGACAUUGCACGGCGGGCUCCCAAGGUACGGUGGCGUCGGGUCUACCUCGUCGUCGACUGCCAGGCGGCGAUUCGGGCGAUCCAGGGCGAGCAGGGCUUCGACUACGCUCUCCUGCUCGACACGAUUCGGCGUUACAUCAAGAAGUUUCGCGACGGCAAGUUGGAAGUCGAGUUUGUCUGGACACCGUCCCAUGGCAAACAGCCCACCUGGGCACCUCAUGGUGGCCUGUGCGCUACGCAGCUCCGUGCUCUCAAUGAGGCUGCGGACAAAGCGGCACAGGCAUCGAUGGAACGACGUUGGACGGGCUCUCACCGGCGUGCCUAUGCACAACGAGCACGUCAUGCACAACAAUGGGAAACUCAGGCUUUGAAGGCCAUCGCAACCAUCGCCAAGGCCUACCGAGACUACUUGCACACCCUGGGCACACCAUCGGGUGAAGUGGCGUAUGUAGCCGAUUUCACUGCGGAAGAGAAAGAGGAGUUUGAGGAAGUUUGCAAGGUUUGCUUCUGCAAGUUUGCACGUGGGAAUGGGAAAUCAGGAGCGGCGCAGAACACGCCUCUUAGUGCUUCUGCGACUGUUUCGGCGGAACCACGAUUAGGCCACGAGGGCACAGGAAACGACAACGGCCCGAUUGCAUAG